AUGUCGUCGCCAGCAGCCUUGAUCCAAGGUCCCACUCCUUGGUCAAACCCAGAGUCUCAAGUCUCCGCGAUGGGCACAAAUACUAGUAGCACUGAUGAUGGGGUGUCUGUCAGGCCAAUGAGGCUUAAAGUCCUUUACACCUUCGACGACCAAAACAAAACCAAUUGCCUAGCGCGAUGGCCUCACGUCCUCCAAAUACAAACCGUCGCGAUGGAUGAGACUACUUCUAUAGGAGUAAUAGAGCUGAAAACAUGCAUACAAGCCAUAGUUCAGUGCAGCCCCGAACUUGUUGCCAGACUUGGCCAGGAUUAUACCGUCUACGCGUAUGACUUCUCCGAAUACGAUAAUCCUCUCGUGGGUCAAGGAAUGCUUUCAUGGGCACUUGGAGCAGCUUCUUCAACACCGGAUUCUCCCGCCCAUCAAUCGAAUAAGCUCAUUACUGGGCGCGUUUGCAAAAACAUCCUAGGCCUUUUUGCAAACGGCGUGAAGGAGACUCUGGAGGUUAAGCUACGUCUUGUACCUGUCCCUACGGUAUUACAGAGCGAAUAUAUCAAUGCCAUGGAGAAGUAUAGAGAAUUGAGCAGGGUUAUACCCGCCGGACUUGAUCCCAACGAGUGGACAGCCUUCCUCCAGUCGAACCCGAAUUUCGCACAGUUAGCGAAUAAAGCUACCCCGACCCCCAGCAUACAGCCUACUCAGAGGGACGGCACGAGUAUGGAACUUGUUAAUCAGCUCCUCAGCCCCAGUGUGCAGGAACAGUCACUACCAAAGCCGCCUAAUCAAGGUAACACCAACGAAAAUAUUUGUCGUGGGUCGCCAGCUGAGACAACAACCACCACCGAAAACCCCAAGAAAGCCUCCCCCCCACCUUCAAGAGCAGCUGUUAAGAGACCAAGAAAGGGCCGCCCUCCUAAGAAUGCUACUGCACAAGGUGGAAAUACUUCUGGAUAUGAAGAGGGGACAGAUGGAGAUGAUGGCCCACCGAGCAAGAAAAGAGCCAAAAUUACUAAGGCUGACUGGAGCAGCAAAUCAACAAUUGGUUCUGCAACGGAUUCGUUGCGAGUUGCUGCUAGUACUGCCGGCUCCUUGCGCCUCUUCCGUCCAAUUGCAAUGAGCCCUAUGCCCACUGGGGGCAGCCACCUCCAAGAUAUGCCAAGAGCACCAACUCCUGUUCCGAAUAUGUCAAACCAAUAUCUCACUCGCCCUCGAACAUCUUCACAGAGCAAUUUCCGGGCCGAUUUCUUUACGGGUCAGGCUGAUGCCCCACAGCGACAUAUUUCUCCGUAUCCUCCAUUGCAAAAGCCUGAGGACCAGCCCAGGUUUUCCAUCGAGUCGGCAAACAACUCUCCAGAACGAAAUGAUAGCCCAGUGGAUACACCCCCAGGUAUUAAUUCAUCUCCACCGGUUAUGAGGACUCGGCCUCCUUCACCAAUCCGAUCAAGCCCACCAUGUCCUUCAAGUCCUGUGUUGCCUCAGAUGCCACGAACGGACUCCGGAUUUAUGAGCGCCUCCCUUGAAGACCUCUUUGGGGAAGGCAAUGAUGAUGGCCCGCAUGUUGGCGAUAAUGAUCGAAUUGAAGUAAAUCCAGAAUUUAAUCGACAUCCAGCUCCUCAAACCGCACCUUUCUUUGAUUCGGGAUUCAGAAUUGAAGAGGAGACUCCAGGUCCGAUGGAGCUCUUGCCCACAAAAAUUCCUGUUCACAAACCGAAGCCAGCACCCUCCAAACGCACCCUAUCUCGUCACAGGUCUCGCGCAGGUAGUGUGAUGUCUGAAGAUGGACAACAAACUCUUCCACCCUUGCGAAGAGAUAGCAGAGCCACACCUAGUCAACUCUCGCUACCUCAGGCUUUACCUCAGUCAGAACCGACAUUGCAGCACCUUCCGAUGCCGCAAUCCAUUGCUGCUACCGGCUCUCAAGCACAGUCACCUGCCCCGGAGCCAUCAGAGUCUCGAGAGCAUAAAGCACAAGCUUCUGCAGGGCAAGUCACCCCCAUUCACACCACCCAAUCCGCUCCAGCCCCAGCACCUCCAACCAGAUAUGGGUCAAGGAUGAUGGCCCGCACUGCCUCGAUGGGAGCACUCACCUUUCCAGAAGUCCCCGCCAGUGAGCCGGCCAUGCCACCAUCAAGCCUUCAGCGAUCUCAAACUUGGUCGGAUGUCCGUCCAGGCACCGAGGAAGUCUUUCCCCACCCCCACAUGCGGGGAAUGCAACCAUGUCAACCAAUGCCGGAUAAUAGUUCGGAAUACAGUCGCGCUUGUCUUGAAAAGAAGGCAUCAAUUAGACAGAAGUUGGAAUUGGCCAUUGCAAAUGGGCAGAUGCCACCUUUUUGUAGUAAUUGUGGCGCGAUCGAAACUCCAACAUGGCGUAAAGCUUGGUCCCAAGAUCAUCAAGGAGCGCCAGGAUAUCACGAGUACUCUGACUUGCCAGGCAGGGUCACAUGCAUCAAUAUCCUAGCCCGUGAUAGCGCAGGAAUGCCCACAUCUUAUCAGUUGAUCAAAAAAUCUUUAUCCCCAGGGGAAAAGAAGGAGGAAUAUAAAGAGUUCCUCCUUUGCAACCCUUGCGGUAUUUGGAUGACAAAAUACAAAAUUCAACGGCCAAAGGAGAAAUGGGAAAGCUACGCACCAGCUACGAGGAAGGGAAUGGAUGGAGGGGGCAAUGGUGGAAGGGCACAGCGUCCGUCAAAGGCUAAGAAUGCACAAAGCGCAAACCUCAUGGUGCCUACAUCCGAAGCGAACUUCCCUCCUUCAGAUGCAUAUUUCCCACCUUCAGAAGGUUACUUCCCAACACAAGAAGUACAUCAACUACAGCGAGGUACCACAGGGCCCCUAGAGGGUGUCUCUCCUACCGAUACCACGGGUCAAAUGCGGCAACUUUCUGACAAACAACGUCAAGAACAAGACGAGAGAAGGCGAUCAACCAGCUCCCAGCCUACAAAGCGUCUAAAAGCGAUAACGUCCGGUGCUGCUUCGACAGCUUUAAAGAGAGCUAUUCAAUCUAGCCCAGCAAGAUGGGCGGGAACACGAACAAGUCCAGUUGAUGGCACACGACAAAGCCCAAUUGAUGUCGAAGAGGAUUUAGGUUCCACCCGAAGAUUACUGUUCCCCUCGCCGAGAAAGGAUGGAUCACCCAAAAUAUUGGGGGAGGUGAUGAUCAAUGUUGAGCAUGUUGCAACCGACUUUCGUCCAUCGAAGGGAGGGGCGGUCGAGGCAACCGACAAAGAGAACUGCCCUCCAGCAAUUGAGGCUGGGGAUAUGGAUGCGGAACUUUUAAAGCUUUUUGAUCAAGAGAUGGAGCGACCUAGAACGCCUACCCAGAAAUCACCCAUACCGAAUCCUUUUAAGACACCAACCCGACCGACCCCGAGCCACAGACCGAUCACACGAAGCGUAUCGAGAUCUAUCCGAUCUGCAAAAUCACCGGGACAACUGUUGUCGUUUGGGCAGCAGACGCCAACAAAAACGCCUCGACGAUCACCUAGAAACCAUGACUCUAUUUUCGAAUCACCUUUCACUGCGACAAUGAAUCAGCUUAUGUCCGAAGCUAAUAACCAGUCACCCACGCGGGAUGCCCUGGAACUCGAUUUCGGGCACCCAUCAGAAUUACCGAACAUAAAUGUUAAUGAUGGUGACAUGAAUUUCAACAUAGAGGAUUUCUUUUCUACAGAUGUUCCGAUGCCAAGCUCUCCACCAAGAAUGUUCCACCUCUACGAAGAUCCGACGGCUAUGCAAAACAUUGAUUGGAAUCAAUUCGGUCGCAUUGGCGGUCAACACAAGUCGAAUGGUGUGGAUGGAGAAGUGGCGAUUAAACCCGAGCCGGAAGACUCUCCUCAAAAGCGAGGGGAGAAUACCACGGGAAUUGGGAAAGCAUAA